AUGGCAAGAUGGCGGACUCUCACUGCAACGCACGAACAAGGAAAGGACAGCUCCGAUGAUGAUGAUUUCAUCCCACUGUCGAAGCUCCUGAUGAGGCCUCCAAGUGGCGGGAAGAAGUCGUGUGACAACACCCACAGCUCCAACUCAAAUUCAAAGAAAGACGAUGGAGCUUUGGACGACUCCGACGACGACCCGCUGAUGAAGCUGAAGAAAGCCGAGCAGGACAAAAAGGAGAACACGCCUCCCAAACCUUCUGGUUCCAACACAGACUGCGACUCCGACAACGAGCCGCUGGUCAAAAUGGCCAAAGUUUCCUCCAAAGCCGCCAGGAAGCCGCGCUCUGCAGCCCCGAGGAAGUCAGCCAGCAGGAAGAAGAGAGCGUCCCCGCAGAAGGACGACAGCUCCGACGACGACGAGCCUCUGAGUCAGAUCGCCAAGAAGGUGAGGGACCAGUACCCGAGGAGGCGGGCGGUCAUGGCGUCCAAGAAGCCCCCCCCGGCCGUCAAAUCCCAGCGGACGGCGGCCAGGAAAAGCGUGAAAUACGUGGAGACGUCCAGCGACCGCAGCUCCGAGGACGAGCCGCCGGCCGAGGGCAAGAGGAGGAGGAGCUCCGGGGGGCCCAGAGAGCAGAAGAGCUCCCCUGCCAAGCGGGCAGCCAGCAGCCGUCCAGACAGCAGCUCCGAGGAGGACGAGGUCCCGCUGGCGGCCCUGGUGAAGAAAAAACCAGUGAAGAGGAACACAAAGAGGAGCCCCAGGGGCAGGGCGUCGGGGCAGAGGAGAGGACUCUGCAAGCAGAGCUCCGAGGACGAGCAGCGCCCAGAGCCACGGGCGGCCAGGACCACCCACCCCAGCUGA